UAUUUAUCCACGUUCCAUCAGAACUCCUCCAUUCACUCAUUACAGAGACUGGUACUUGACGUAGUUCUUCACUAAAGCAGCAAGAUGAGUUAUGAAUUCAUUGUGCCGAUGACCAAAGAUGAUUUACUGAACCGGACGACGUUCAGUCAGUAUGUAGUGGAUGAAAUCUACACCUUGAGACAGCUCCCAAUGAAAAUACAAGAUUACAAGAAUUUCUAUCGAUCCAAGGGACCUCAUGCGAUUCUGGAAAGAUUUGAUACUCUUUUCAGUAUUUUGAUGAAUUUUCAUGACGCUGAUGCUACCCUGAGAGAAGAGGCCUAUGACAUGAUACUGAAAGGCAUCAUGAAGCACACCAAUGAAUUGCCUCACUUCAUCGACGACAUCCUCGAGAAGCAGGAUCGUGUGGACAAUCUCAACAUCGUCAAGAUGCACUGUUAUCUUCUCUGUCAGUUUAUUGAGAUGUUUGAGGCUGAGAAUAGUAAACCUGGCAUCACCACAGGAAAGGGUCGCGGUAAAGCACAGAAGAGACCUGACAACCUGCGAUGGGAUCAUGAUUGUGAGCGAGGUGUCCAUGCUCUGCUCAAGAUAGUCCAGCAGAACAUCUACCGGCUCUGGGAUCCACCAGUCAUUGAAGAGGAGUUUGUUAAUAUGCUGACCACCUGCUGUUACAAGUUACUGGAGAACCCUGCCAUCAACCGUAACAAGGCUGUCAGAGACAUUAUCUUCAACAUCAUUGGUAUCAUGGUCAAGAAAUAUAACCAUGCUUUGAGUGCUACCUUAAAAAUCAUCCAGCUCCUGCAGCAUUUUGAGCACAUGGUCGGCCCGCUAUCACAGGCUGUGGAGUUGUUUGUGAAUGAGUAUGGAGCACACACUAUUGUGGGUGAAAUAAUGAGAGAAAUUGGUCGCAUGGACACUCGUGAUUUGGCGCGGGAUUCCUCCGGUACUCAUGCAUUUGCUCAGUUCAUGGUUGAAUUGGCGGAGAAGGUCCCUGCUGUUAUGUUACCGAAUAUGAGUGUGAUUAUCCCACAGCUGGACGAAGAGCCGUACACAAUGAGGAAUGGGGUCCUCGGUGUGAUGGGAGAGAUCCUCAUCCAGACGCUCAGCAAAGAUAACCUGGAUAACAAGCAGAAGGCAACCAGGGAUACUUUCCUUGAUAAACUUGAGGAGCAUAUUCAUGAUGUGAAUGCAUUUGUCCGUAGCAAGACCCUUCAAAUCUGGUUGAACAUCGUCAAAGAGAAGGCCCUCCCCCUGACGAGGCAGGCAGAUGUCGUGGAUCUUGUGAUUGGCCGCCUCCAGGACAAGUCGAGCCAAGUCAGGAAGUAUGCCAUGCAGCUGGUAGUGGCCCUGAUGAAAAGCAACCCAUUUGCUGCAAAGCUCUCCAUUGAGGAACUCACCGCCAGCUAUGAAAAGGAGCGAGAAAAGCUGAAGGAGAUGAUGCCUGACGCUCCCCCUGAACCAGUGGUUGAUCCUACCACUGCUGCUCUGGAAGUAUGGACCGGUCUCCAGGAAGGGGUUGAGGUUGCAGUGAUUGAAGUCGUGGAGGAGGGUCGCACCCCUAAUAAUGAUCUUAUUGAUGAUGAGGACACAGCACUUGGGGUCAUGAAGAAGAUCACUGCGCACCUGAAGAAUCAUGAGAUACGAGAGGCUGUGGUGCUGCUCCAGGUGGCCAAGGAGGCAUUCACUGAGGAGCCGAUGCUGAUGGAUGCGCCUGCUGAUGAGGAGGACGGGGAGGAGGGGGAGAGGGUCGAGAGGAAUCUUGUGGAUACGAUGAAGGCAGUCUUCAUGGCUUGUUCUAUUGAUCGAGUUCCCUCAAUCAGUUCACCUGGUGGUGGUGAAUCACAGAACCCGAUGUUGAAUGAGAUCCACAAACAGCAAGUUCUAGUUCAGUAUCUGAAGGAUUGUGUCACGUUCAUCAGCCAGAUUCAGAAAGCCGUGCAGACCAUCUGCCAGCUGCUCGGCUCAAAGAUCACCACAGACAUCUUGGAGGCCAUCCAGUUCUUCGUGACGAGUUUUGAAUUUGGAGUGAUGAACGCGAUGAUUGGUGUGAGGAGGAUGCUGGCACUUGUCUGGUCCAAGGAGGGUGGUAUCAAGGAUGCUGUAGUCAAUGCUUAUAGGAGGCUUUAUCUGUGUCCUUCUGAGGGAAACCAAAGGACGAAGGCUAUAGCUGUAGUGAAGAAUCUGACAGCUCUGACCCAGGGUGCCUCGAAAGGUGAGCUGACGUCUCUUGAGGAACUCAUCCAGGAGUUUGUACGCAGCGGCGACAUCAACCAGAGCGUGAUUAAGGUGUUGUGGGAGAAGUUUGCCAUGAAGAUCCCUGCGACCACAAGUGACGAGAGUCGCGCGGCGCUGGUACUCCUCGGAAUGGCAGCUGGCGCUGAGGAAGGCAUUGCUGAGAGCAACAUCAAGGUGUUGGUGCAGGAAGGAUUGGGUGACCGUGGCGAGCAGAGCCUCAUCCUUGCUAAAGAUGCCUGUGCUGUCUUACUCAAAUUGGGGGGUGCUGGGAAGCCAAAGGCAGGUUCUAUCGUUGAGCCAUACAAACUGCCCCAAGACCACGACAUGUUCAUUCAUCUUCAGCAUCUCAUUGUUAGAGGUUUCAAGAAUGGUGAAGACCCUUACUGGAUUCCAUUCACUGAACAAGCCAUCAACGUCAUCUACAAGUUAGCAGAACAUCCCGAUGUUAUCGCAACCAACAUCCUCAAAUCACUGGUGGCGGCCAUUGCUGAGCAGACGGCAGUUCCGACAGAAACCAUGGAAACGGUACAACUAAGUGCUGAGGGUGAAACGGAGGGACAAGGGGAGGAGAAAGAAACUCAAGAUUCUGAACAAACAGACAGUCAAACCGUAGACAAACCCGAGGACUCCGAGCCCACUUCCAGCCAGUCUUCCCAGGGCUCCCAGGCACUGACCCAACCAGAGCUCAGCUGUCCCGCCAAGUCCUUGACCAUGUUGGUCUCCCUUGCUGGCCAUUGUGCCCUGCGGCAGCUUAUUCACCUUGACGUGGCUGUCUUUGGGGAGUUAAAGCGACGACAUCAGGUACAGGAGGAGCAGGCAGUGACGAAGAAGAAGAGGAGUUUAUCUGCUGCCACGCCAAGAACUAAGGAGAGUGUAGCCGAGACGAUUGAAGAAGAAAUGGGCCUUGCUGGAGCUGCGGCAGAGGAUGCUGAGGCAGAGUACAUCAGGAAGAUAUGUGAGACUGAUAUCGUCAACGGUGAAAACUUCCUUGCGAUCUUGCGGCCAGUUAUUGUGACGAUUUGCAACAAUCCAAAGAAGUAUUAUGACCCUGACCUUCAGACGGCUGCGACGUUGGCUCUGGCAAAGUUCAUGCUGGUCAGCUCUGAAUUCUGUGAAGAUCAUCUCCAGCUGUUAUUCACCAUCCUGGAAAAGUCUCCCAACCCUGUCAUCCGUGGUAACACCAUCAUCUCACUUGGUGACUUGACCUUCCGCUUUCCCAACCUGAUCGAGCCAUGGACCCAAAACCUCUACGCCAGACUACGAGACGACUCGCCACAAGUGCGCCGAAACACGCUGAUGGUGCUGACCCACCUUAUCCUGAAUGACAUGGUCAAGGUCAAAGGUCAGAUCAGCGAGAUGGCUACAUGCAUCAUGGAUAACGAUCCUCGGAUAUCUAGUCUGGCUAAGUUAUUCUUCCUGGAACUUGCAAAGAAGGGUAAUGCUGUUUACAACAUCAUGCCCGACAUGGUCAGUCGGCUCUCUGACUUGGACGUUGGUGUGACUGAAGAAAGCUUCCGCACGAUUAUGAAGUAUCUAUUUGGUUAUAUCUCGAAGGACAGGCAGUGUGAAAGCUUGGUGGAGAAACUUUGCCACAGAUUCAGGGCAACAAGAUCCGAGCGCCAGUGGCGUGACAUAGCCUUCUGUUUGUCGUUGUUGACGUACUCUGAGCGCAGCAUACGGAAACUCACAGAGAACUUUGCAUGCUACGGAGACAAGUUGGCCGACAACGAUGUUUUCAAUUCAUUCUGUGUUGUACUGACAGCGUCAAAGAAGUUUGCCAAAGCAGAUAUCAAGGCAUUGGUCGAAGAACUCGAGGUGCGAAUUGAGGAGUGUCAUUGUAAAGGUCUUAACGAUGAAGAAGUUGCUGACAAGGCCAAGAAGGCAUCACAGGCUGCUAAGGCGUUUAGACAGGCACGCUCACCAAGAGGUCGAGGACGAUCACCACCAACUGCGAGAAAAACACGACAAGGACUAAAGAAGGAGAUUCUGAGUGACGAUGACAUCCAACCAACGCAGCAGCACCAAGGUGGCAGAAAACAGCGCCCAAAGCUGAGAUUCAGCUCUAGUGAGGAUAGUGAUUUAGAACUGUUUGAUGUUGAUGACAGUCAGAAAGAUUCCGAAUGUCAGAAAAGCGCUAGCGACAGUGAGAAUCAUGACCCUGGAGCUUGCAAAGUGGAAAGUCUGGAAGCAAAGGUUGUCAAGAGUGCCAAGAAACAAAAACCUACGGUGAAGAGCGGGAGUACCAGGAGGACGCCGGCCCGCCGGGUCAGGAGUGUUCGUACGUAGAGGGGGAGGAAGGUUAGAUAGACAGUGAGGUGCUGGAAGACCCGAGUGACAAUGUUCAAUGAACUUUUGAUGUUUAUUGCCAAUGGUACUCUUCCUGUGCUGCAUUUGGCUCUUUUCCAGAGUCUAGUUGGGCAACAUACUAGCCCACAGAGUUCAGCUGAUUUGGAUUUUAAUGAAUUGUGGUCCACAGCAAAAUGUGUUUAUCCCCAGAUCUUUAGCCUGGCACAAACACUCAGUAAUGGAAUGUGUCUCUUCUGGACUCCUGCUGUCACUUGAAUUAUAUUACUCAU